AUGAACUCGAAACUCGUAUCUUAUUUCAAAUUGAUGACUUAUCUUGUGCUUCUCUGCGCAUUUAUUCAACUUGGUAGUUCUCAACCGACAAUUGUUGACGAUGAUGAAGUUCAAAGUCAAAUUGACACUUCAUUCCUCAAUAACUAUGCCAAUAUUAUCAACGAUCGCUUCAACGGCAAAAUCCCUGUCGAGGAUUAUUACUAUCAUAAGAAACAAUUCAAUCCCGAUAAUGUUCAACUGGCUAAACGGAUAAUUAUGUUACCUCGUGUUGGCCGUCGUUCUGUUCAGUCCUAA